AUGACUGGGGAACGCAGCAACGCAACAAUUACAAAGUUCAUUCUCUUGGGAUUCUCUGAAUUUCCAAAACUCACCAUUGUCCUCUUUUCAAUAUUCCUAGGGAUCUACUUCAUGACAGUGACCUGGAAUGUGAGUCUCAUUGUCCUCAUCAGGGUGGACUCGCAUCUACAUACACCCAUGUACUUUUUCCUCAGUAACCUGUCCUUUCUGGACAUCUGCUAUGUUUCCACUAUAACCCCCAAGAUGCUCUCAGACUUCUUCAAGAAGCAUAAGUCCAUUUCCUUUUUGGGGUGCACCUUGCAGUACUUCAUCUUCUCCAGCCUGGGUCUGACGGAGUGCUGUCUUCUGGCAGCCAUGGCUUAUGAUCGAUACGCUGCCAUUUGUAACCCUCUGCUCUACACGGCCAUCAUGUCCCCCACCCUCUGUGUGCAGCUGGUGGCAGGAUCUUGUAUCACCGGAUUCCUUGGCUCACUUAUUCAACUGUGUGCCUUACUUCAGCUCCAUUUCUGUGGGCCAAAUGUUAUCAACCAUUUCUUCUGUGACCUGCCCCAGCUGCUGAUCCUAUCUUGCUCUGACAUCUUUUUCUUUCAAGUCUUGAUCUCUGUGCUCACAGUGAUCUUCGGACUCGCAUCUGUCCUGGUUAUCAUGAUAUCCUAUGGUUACAUUGUCGCCACCAUCCUGAAGAUCACGUCGGCUGAAGGCAGGUCCAAAGCUUUCAACACCUGUGCUUCUCAUCUGACAGCAGUGACCCUUUUUUUUGGCUCAGGAAUCUUUGUUUAUAUGUAUCCUAACUCUGAUGAUUCCCUGAGCCAAAACAAGUUGGCCUCGGUCUUAUACACAGUCAUAAUCCCCAUGCUGAAUCCACUGAUCUACAGCCUGAGGAACAAGGAAAUUAAAGAUGCUCUAAGCAGAUGGAGGAAGCGAAUCUUCUUCUGGUGUUACUAA